GCUUUCUUAUUUCUGUCUCUUCUUUUGAAAACCCUAGCCCUAGGUUUCUCCGUUGCCUCUCGAAGUCUUCUUGUCUCGUUUCUCUCUCUUUUCUUUUGUUCCUGUCUGAUCGGCCUUUUUCUUGCUGAUUACUUAAAUACGUAGCGAGCCUUGUGCGUCUUUCAUGCUGUUUGGGGCUUAUCAGCAUCGGAGAAGAAUUCCGAGAGCCAUGGCUCGGUGCAUUCCGUAUACGCGUCCGAACUAUUGGAGGGAAGAUGUCUUCCUGAUCGGAUCAAUCAAGAAACUCCAGAUUCAAUGGGGAAACACAAAGCAGAGGAAACAAUUGACCAGGAAGGUGAAUGAAAAGCAGAACAAAAAGAGAUCCAGAGAAGAGCAUGAUAAUCUGGAUUCCUUGCAGCGCAAAAACAAGAAAAGAAAGGCGGACAAGUCUAUAAAAUUCAAUAAAAGCCUCCAUUUUGCAAAAAAAGAAUUUUCUGACCAUUUGGAAAGGAGUGACCUUUCUGAAGAAUAUGAUCCCCCAGCUUUAGUUCUGAACAAAUGCAACUCCUCGAAGGGCACUCAAAACAGUAAAAAUGGCAAUGCUGUUAUGGACUCCGAUCCCAAGAAGCAAAAACCAGGUAUGGUCAUACGAAUUAAGUUGCCUUUGAAGAAGCAAAAGGAUGCCGAGCCAGAAUCUGCAAGCACAAAUCCCAGCUGCUCUUCAAUAUUCACCAAAUCAUCCGCUGCGCAAGCUUUCUUGACUGAUUCUGCUCCUUGCUCUUCUUCUCAAGCUACCGAACCAUCCGAUGUUCAAGCUAUUUUAACUGAAUCUGCUCUGAGAACAAAGGAGCUGCAACCAGAGACAGUUUCCCAGCCUUCCAUCUCUGCUCCUUUCUCCACACCACCCAUCCUUCAAGAAAGAUGGAGCAGUGGUAGGAACUGCACACAGGGAUCAGAGUGGGAGUUGUUCAGAGAUUUGAUAAUAAACUGGAAGCCUCCGUCGAUUCGGCGGCUCGAGGCAGAUGAAGCCGAGCUGGAUUGUCUCUUCGCCACACAUAAGCCACAGGAUGCAAAACCCAGUGCACCGAUUUGCAAAGCUGGCGUCUCUAAUCCUAGCACUGCAAGUUCUUUGCAACCUAGAGCUACCUAUCUACCUGAGUUCAACACGUACCAGAUGCCCUAUGUGAUCCCAUUUUGAAAUUUGGAGGUGGAUGGAUUGAUGGAAAUGUGGAGCUGAGUUGUACAGAACGGAUUAUUUUUCUAUACCAAUGAGGAUUAGCUCAUGUUGUAUUGUUCUUCCUCUCUCAAAUGUGAGAUGAUGGGUUUAGCUUCCACUUGAUUGAUUGGUUUAAAAGAAAAUCCCUUGAAAGGGUAAUUGAAUGCGGUUGUAUUGUAAGUAGAGGAAAUUGAAAUGAAGUUUAGAAAGCAUUUUUUCUAGCCA